UGAUGAACCCUGUGAAUGUUUGUUUCAUUAGAUAAGCGGAUGACUAUUAGUGUUUUUUAAGAAAAAUUCCAUUAUUACUAUUAUAUUCAUAAACAAUGAAUUCACCGAGUAUUUUAAAAACUACCCGUCGUUCAAGAGGCUAUCGAAGUUUAAGUAAUGAAAUAUCUAACGAGACAGAUACAGAAUUACCAACUAUACAUGACACUAAUAACAACAAUAGAAAUACAAGACGUACCAGUACAACAUCAUCAUCCAUGCACUUUGCUACCAAUCUUGUUUAUAACUUAUUAAGUCCUAAAUAUUCACCUGUAUUCCGCAGUGCACGAUUUAAACAAAAAUCAAUUCUUAAAGAGACAAAUAAAAGGUCAAACAGAAUUCCAAAUUUGCAUUCAUCAAUUUCUUCCGAAACAUCAUCUUUAGAAUCAUUGGAUUCACUAAGUUCAACAGAUCUGUUACCUUCAGUUGAAGUGAAAAAACAUUCAAAGAAAGUAAUUAAACAAAAUGAUGAAAAAGAUAGAAUUAUGGAAGAGCAAAGGAAUAAUAGUUAUCAACUCACGGAAUCCAAUCUACCUGGGAAUAAUAAUAAUAAUGAACAUAAUGAUAUAAAUGGUCAACAGCCUUUGAAUGUUUAUGAAGGUCGACAAACCGAUGAUUGUUUAAGUAGUUUAUUCAGAAAUUUCGUUUCUUCUGUCUGGAGGAGUCACUGUUCUCUGGAAACAAUUAUAUUUUAUUUGGUCGAUGUGAUUUGCGAAAACCUACAAACAGAUUGUCAACCUCAAUCCGUAUUAAUAAUAAAAAUCAUGAAAAUUCUGGUGCAUUUAAUAAAAUUAUUCUCAAUUUACCAAUCAAUCGUAUUAAAAAGGAUCACUUAUGCACAACACAAUCUGCUCCAUGUUCUCCAAUAUUUAUGAAAAAAGAACAUACUACACCGACACAUUUGUUUCACACUAUUUUCAAUUCAGAAAGAAUUACUUCACCAUAUUUAAAAAAGAAGCAAAUAUUUCAAUUAAAUCCAGUUAAAGAAACAACUAUAUCAUCAUCUAAUUCAUUGUUAAUAUCGAAUGUAAAAAAUCAUUUAAACGGAAACCUACUGAUUAAGCGAAAUAAAUCAUAUUGUCAAAAAACCUAUAAUAAUAAUAAUAAUAAUAAAGACAGUAAUAAUCUAAAUAAGUUACCAUUAUCACAGCUAGAAUUAAAUAUUCAGCAAUUCAAAUCGAUUAAUAAGAAACUAGAUGUUGAUAAUUUAGAUGACAAAAGCGCUGGUUAUGUUAAUAAUAAUAAUAAUAUCAAAGGUAAAGCACUAUUGGAUAAUGAUCAUUUUGUAAACAGGAAAAAUGAACCAGACAAUUCAGUUAAACGCGAUCCCAAACAUUAUUUAAAUGAAGUUCAUGUUGAAAGUGCUAAACGCAUUGAAACACCACCACCAAGUUACUCUGAUUUGACAAUAUUAAAUGAGUCUAAUCAAAAUCACUUAAUUAGCAUUGGUAAUAAUAAUGAUAGUCUAGAUUCUAACUAUUCAUUACUAUCGAAAAUCGAUGAACAAUUAAACAUUAAUCAGAAUUCAAAAUAUGCUUAUGAAGCUUUAGACAAAAGUCAAAAAUUCACUAAACAGAUAAACUAUAAUAUUAACAAUAAUUGCAGUAAUAUGACAGUAGUAACAACAAUACCCAGCGCGCAUUAUUCAAGUAAUUUAUCUGCUCAGUGUAGUGAUUCCACAGAUCAAGAUGAUUCCUAUCGGAAAGUUGUUCUACAACGUCAUGACACAACAGAACGUUUUGGUAUGCGAUUAGAAAGAACUAAAGGUAUCAGACAAGUAACAUAUAUAGCAAUGAUACUACCAAAAUCACCAGCUCAGCUAGCUGGACUUAAAGUUGGCGAUCGAUUAAUACGCGUUAAUGAACUAGAGACAGACCAAAUGCUUCUAGACGAAUUGUUAAACUACAUAAGAAAAUCAAUCGGUCCAUUAUAUCUUUACUAUCAAACCAGGCCGUUUACAUCUUAUCUUCUUACGACUGUUAUUCGUAAACAGAAUGGAAAGAUUGGGAUAAAAUUGAAAAGUUUUAAACAUGAACUUCGAAUAGAUGUUGUCCUACCUAAUUCACCAGCAUCACGUGUUGGUCUACGAUCUGGUCAGCAAGUUGUAUCACUAAAUGGUCAGUGCGUACAUGGCUGGGAUCAACUAACAGCGAUGCAUUGGUUUAGGCAUUAUCCUGAUGGUGUAGAUUUAACCAUAACAGUUUUAGAUGAGUUGGAUAAAGCAGAAAAUACAAUUAAAUCAAGAACAGCACCAGUAUGUGAUUUUUCAAUUAAAAAAGAUAGUAUUCGUGAAAACUAUCAAAAUGGUGCAAAUGAUAAAACGUUCGACGAUUUCGCUUCCAGUAAUUUACCUUUAAAGCCUAAACAAACAGCAGUAACACAGUUUAAUGAAAAAAGUUUAAAUUUAAAUGUCCCAUAUGGAAACCUUCUGGAUUCUUCCUCAGUGACAACAACUAGUUUUAUCAGUAAUGAACAGGAAUCACACUGUGGUCAAGAAAAAGUUUUAAACCCCCUCUUCCUCUUUACUAAACAUGAGAAGAGCAAUACAACUAUACCUAUAAAUACAUGUCAGUCAGCUUAUUUGUGUACACUUGAUUCUUGUCCAUUAAAACGUGAAGACAAAAAAUUCUACAUACCAAAUCCUGAAGUACUGAGUAAUGAUAAUGCAAUUAAUCAUAGUGAAAUUAAACAAACUGACUCUCAAGAUUAUGAUCUCUUUUAUAGUACUGACCAUAAUAAGAUCGAGAAUACUCAUUUACAGUUUACUGAACCUGUUAUUCAUCAGUAUAAUCUUCAUAAUGAUAAUAACAACAAUAGUCAAUGUAGUUUAACUAUACCAAAUCAGGAUAAGCUAAUAAAUAAACAAAAUUUAAAUGAUUAUCAGUUUAGUAAAAAUAGAAUAGAUGUAAUUGAAGCAGAUAACGAGAAAAUGGAAUCAUUGAGUAUUCAACCAAAUGAUAAUUUGUUUUUAUCAGAUUCUAUUUUAAGAAAUGAUUAUUUGUAUAAAACUGAUUGUGUUUAAGAUUUAUUUGUUGCUAAGUAUGUUCAAAAAAUAUCAUUUAAGUAAAAAAAAUACAUAUUGUAAUUUUG